AGUUGCAGUACCGGUUCAAUUCCAAGAUCAUAAUCAGUUUCUUCAAUUUUCUACCGAGUCAAGUGCAGCGAGUUGACUCGGCCAAUGGAGGCAGAGCCAGAGCAGGCGUUCGCUUCUCAAGAGUCCGCGCCGGCAGGAGAGGGAUCUAGGCGUGGGCGACCGAGGCUGGUCAUCAACGAGAUGGUGAUGAGGAACUUCAAAUCUUACGCUGGCGAACAACGCGUCGGUCCGUUCCACAAGAGUUUUUCUGCUGUGGUUGGUCCGAAUGGGAGUGGGAAGAGCAAUGUGAUAGAUGCCAUGCUUUUUGUAUUUGGGAAACGAGCUAAGCAG